AUGAAGUUUAAAAUCUUCGGCGACCGCGACGCCCCAGAUUGGUUCCUCGCCGAGAUCUUCACCGUCUCCAAGCUUUCCAGCGUGCGCGUCCGCCUGUUGUGCUCGCACUUGGUCGCCGUUCGCGCGUCAGCGGCGUCGAAUGCGCAACCGUUCGGGACAUUGAAAUCGACCGACGACAACGACGCGACGGCACCCGCGGAGACGCCGCGCGUGCAGGUCGAUUACUCCAAGUUCCGCAAAGUUGUCGACGACGCCAUCACGCCCGAGGACGCGGAAGCGGUGGUGGCAGCGUUGGAAUACGCGAUCGCGAACGCCACGCGCUUCGACGUCGACGAAACGACGCUGGGUCGGGAGCUCGAGCAGCUUGGAUUGCCGAAAGAGCACGCCGAGGCGAUGUGUAAGUCGUAUGGGAAAGACAGAGAUGGGUUACGGCGAGCCGCGCUCGGAGCCACGGUGCGAGUGAAUGGGCUGAGGGAUUUAGGGUGGGGAGUGACGUUUGGAAGCAGCGACGGCGAUGACGAGAAUCGAGCGCCGGGAGACAGCUUGGGGGUGCGAUUGACGUUGGAUACGGUAGAUGAUGGACGCUUGGAUAUGGAGAUGAGUGAGGAGAAGUUUCGCGUGUUGUUGAGCGAGUUGAAGGCGGUGCGGGCGUUGAUGGAUGACGACACGUAG